AUGGGGCUCGCAUGUCUUGCCCGGCCGAAGGCUCACAGCGAUGACCACCAUGGAUGGUUGCCGCCUCAAAACGGUGCUGCCGCUACUGAUCCAGCAGAUGUGAGUUUGCUGUGGACCGAAAGAAGUGUCAUCAUCGAUAACGAAACAGGGCGCAUCACCAUACAGUCAACGCGAAAUGCCGAUGACAUGUCGACUGGAUGGCUUGACGAAACGUUCCAAUACAUUACAGAGCUUUCCUGUGCAGGCGUGCUUGAGAAUGAGGACGUGGACUGUGAUGCGGGUUAUUUGGACACCGUUCUAAGGCAAUGCGUGAUACGUUUCCCGGACGAGCAAACAUACAAGAAGCAACUUGAAGCUUGUAAAGCCGAGCUUGAGGCUGGUGAAUCAUACGAAUUGUGUCUUACUUGUGAAACAUCGAUUACCUUACCGUCGCCUAGCACUGACAGCGAACGUAUCGCUUUCCCUUGGAAGCUAUACAAACGUCUUAGGAAGUACAAUCCUGCAGCCUUCAGUGCGUAUGCAAGAUUGGGCACCGUCAAGGUUGUCAGUAGCAGCCCCGAAUGUUUCCUCAAUUGGGACCGCUCUUUCACGUUGGAAAUGAAGCCAAUGAAAGGCACAGUCCGAAAAUCAGCCAGCAUGACUAUGAAGAAGGCAAAGGAGAUACUAGGUUCAACAAAGGAAAUGGCGGAGAAUUUGAUGAUCGCCGAUUUGAUUCGCCAUGACCUUUACGGCAUCUGCGGUUCUGGUGGUGUGCAUGUCGAGAAGCUCCUUGAGGUAGAGGACCACGGACGUGUCUACCAGAUGAUCACGCAUGUGAAAGGAAAUGUCGAUCCAGGUCGUCCAGGUUUUGCCGUCCAAGACCUACCCCAUCUACGUUCGUCAAACAUGUCUGCGUACGGGCUUACAGCCCUACAGAGGUGUCUGCCUCCGGGCUCCAUGACUGGCGCGCCUAAGGAGCGUUCAUGCAUGCAUCUUAGCUUGAUCGAAGCUCGGAAACGUGGGAUUUAUUCCGGUGUUAUGGGCUUCCUCGACCUUGGGGGCGGAGGUAGCUUCUCGGUCCUUAUACGAACGGCGUUCAGCUGUUCUGAUGACCAGGAUAAUGAACAGACAUGGAGGAUUGGGGCUGGAGGAGCUGUGACCAUUCUAAGCACUGCUGACGGUGAAUGGAACGAGAUGCUGACCAAGCUUACCACUGUCUGUGGUGUCUUCGCGCCGUCCGAUCUACAGGGUUCAGGCAAGGUUUAA